AUGUUAAGAAGAAAUAAAAAUGAUGGUAGAGAUAAUUCAAUUUAUAAUGCACCAUCUUAUGACAAAAAAAAUGAUCAUGAAUUAAAAGAAAAAUCUAAUGAUAUUCAUAAGAAUACAGGUAAUAAUAUGGUUAAACAGGAUUCAGUAGAUUCUAAUAAUUAUCCACCAAGAAGAAAUAAAAGUUUAAAGAAGAAAAAAAAUAGAACAUUAAAAUCACAAGUAUCAAUUGAACCAAUAGCUAAUAAUUCAUCAAAUAAUAAUUAUAUAUCCGGUACAAGACCAAUGACAAUAGAUAAUAAACAAAAGGAUAAAAGUACUGAUAAUGAUAAAACAAAUAUUAAUAAAUCUAAUGAUGGUCAAAGAAUUUCUCCAAUAGUUAAAAUAACUGUUCCAGGAACAGUAAAUGAUCAAGAUUCAGAGUUAACUGAUUUAGAUGAAGGUGGUGGAGUUGAAGUUGAUGAUUCAAUUAUUAUUCAAAAAAAUGAAUCUCCACCUUUAGUUAAUAAUUUAAAUUCAUCAAAUUCAAUAAAUGAAAAUUUAAAAAAAGAAGAAUUAUCAAAUAAUGAUAAAAGUACAGAUAAACAUAAUGGAACUAUUCAACCAGAUAAAAUAUUACAAAAUAAAAAUAAUGAUGAUAAAGAGGUAUCUGAAGAGGUACCAGGUGGAGAACAAAAACCUCCUGAACCACCAAAACCAUCAUAUUAUAAAAAAUUUAAAGAAUUUUUAAAAGUAUUUGUUGCAGAUAAGACAAGUGAUUGGUAUUAUUAUUGGACUGGUAUUGUAUCUAUUGCAUUUAUGUACAAUUUAAUUGUUAUUAUAGCUCGUGUUGUAUUUGUUGAUUUAAAUAGUGGUUUCAUGUGGAUAGUAUGGUUAUCUUCUGAUUUAAUUUCUGAUAUAAUAUAUAUGAUUGAUAUAUUUGUAAAAUCAAGAACAGGAUUUUUAGAACAAGGUUUACUUGUUAAAGAUACUAAAAAAAUUUGGAUAGCAUAUAAAAAUUCAACAUCAGCAAAAUUAGAUAUUUUAUGUAUAAUACCAUUAGAUUAUAUCUUUACAUAUAUAAUAUUUGAUAAACCAAUUGCAAGAUUUAAUAGAUUAAUUAAAGUUGAAAGAAUUAAAAGUUUUAUGGAAACAACAGAAACUAGAAGUUCAAUGCCAAAUGUUUUUCGUGUUUUUACAGUUGUUUGUUAUAUUAUUGUUAUCAUUCAUUGGAAUGCAUGUUUUUAUUUUGCUAUAUCAGAACUUAUAGGAUUAGGUUCAGAUAGUUGGGUUUAUGGACCAUUAAAUACACAAUCAUUACCUGAAGGUGUUGAAGAUACAUUAAUAAGAAGAUAUAUAUAUUCAUUUUAUUGGUCAACAUUAAUAUUAACAACUAUUGGUGAAGUUCCUGGUCCAGUACAAAAUAUUGAAUUUGUAUUUGUAACAUUUGACUUGAUGGGUGGUGUAUUAAUUUUUGCCACAAUUGUUGGUAAUGUUGGUUCUAUGAUAUCAAAUAUGUCAGCUGAUAGAACAGAAUUUCAAAAUAAGAUGGAUUCUAUUAAACAAUAUAUGGAAUUAAGAAAAGUAUCAAAAGCAUUAGAAAAUAGAGUUAUUAAAUGGUUUGAUUAUUUAUGGGCUAAUAAACAAAAUUUAAGUGAUCAACAAGUUUUAAAAUUAUUACCAGAUAAAUUACAAGCAGAAAUAGCUAUGCAUGUUCAUUUUGAAACAUUAAGAAAAGUUAGAAUUUUUCAAGAUUGUGAAGCUGGAUUGUUAGCUGAAUUGGUAUUAAAACUUCAACUUCAAGUUUUUAGUCCUGGUGAUUAUAUUUGUAGAAAAGGUGACAUUGGUAGAGAAAUGUAUAUUGUAAAAAGAGGUAAAUUACAAGUAGUUGCUGAUGAUGGUGUAAAAGUUUUUGCCACUCUUCAAGAAGGUAGUGUUUUUGGAGAAUUGUCAAUUUUAAAUAUUGCUGGUUCUAAAAAUGGUAAUAGAAGAACAGCUAAUGUUAGAUCUGUUGGUUAUACAGAUUUAUUUGUUCUUAAUAAACAAGAUUUAUGGAAUGCUUUAAAAGAAUAUCCAGAGGCAAGAAAAAUGUUAAUAGCCAAAGGAAGAGAAAUUUUAAAGAAAGAUAAUUUGUUAGAUGAAAAUGCACCAGAAGAACAAAAUACAGUGGAAGAGAUUGCUGAAGAGUUACAAAAUUCUGUAAAAGUUUUACAAACAAGAUUAGCACGUUUAACUGCAGAAUAUACUAAUACUGAAAAUAAACUUAGAAAUAGAAUAGAAUAUCUUGAAAAAAGACUAAGAAAAUAUCAAGUAAUUAGUGAUAUUAGAAAUGAAGAUUACAUGGAUACAGAAUCAAUUCGCCACAGUUUACUUUCACAAGAAAAGGCACGUCAAGAUGCAUUAGAUUACAAACCUAAAGACAAAAAUGUUUAA